UACUGGCCAAUCGGAUGUUCGUUCCCCCCUCUCUCUCUUGAUAAGGGUAUUCCUAUAUUCUGCAGCAUAUAAAAGGAUGCAAAUUUUCGCUACUGUCUCAUUGUGGACUGUGGUGUUAUCUACUUCACAAGACUGUUUCUCUGAAAUUCAUCUGCAUCAACUAUCAACAUGGCUCGUACCAAACAGACGGCGCGCAAAUCCACGGGCGGUAAAGCACCGAGGAAACAAAUGUUGGCGAAAGCGGCGAAGAAGAGCGCACCUGCCACUGGCGGCGUGAAGAAGCCCCAUCGCUUCAGACCUGGAACCGUUGCGCUGCGUGAAAUUCGUCGCUAUCAGAAAAGCACUGAACUGCUAUUGCGGAAAAUUCCCUUUCAACGCUUGGUGAGGGAAAUCGCUCAAGACUUCAAAACUGAUUUGAGAUUCCAAAGCACCUCUAUUAUGGCACUUCAGGAGGCUUGUGAGACGUAUUUGGUUGGACUUUUCGAAGAUACCAAUCUGUGCGCCAUUCACGCCAAGCGCGUUACUAUUAUGCCGAAAGAUAUGCAAUUGGCACGUCGUGUGCGAGGAGAGCGCAAUUAGAUUUUUUCGUGUCUCAU